AUGAUAGUAACUAUGAAUGUUCAGAUACAAAUGACUUCAACAUCAUCCAUUGGAUCGGCUUUAGCCUCAGGUGAUGCAGUCGCACGUACGGCGAUGAGUGAGUUGGAUGAAUGGAUUGAACAACUGUAUCGUUGCGAACAGCUAACUGAGACUCAAGUAAAAACUCUGUGUGAUAAGGCGAAAGAGAUUCUCCAAAAAGAAUCGAACGUUCAAGAGGUGAAAUGCCCUGUAACGGUUUGCGGCGAUGUGCACGGUCAAUUUCACGAUCUGUUGGAAUUGUUCAAAAUGGGUGGCAAAGCACCAGAUACGAACUACUUAUUUAUGGGUGAUUACGUCGAUAGGGGUUAUCAUUCGGUGGAAACUGUCACACUUCUAGUCUGUCUUAAGGUGCGAUACAAAGAGCGCAUAACAAUUCUUCGUGGAAAUCACGAAUCCCGUCAAAUCACACAGGUUUACGGUUUUUACGAUGAGUGUUUGCGUAAAUAUGGCAAUUCGAAUGUAUGGAAAUAUUUCACAGAUUUGUUUGACUAUUUGCCAUUAACAGCACUGGUUGACGGACAAAUCUUUUGUUUGCACGGUGGUCUAUCCCCAUCAAUCGACAGUUUAGAUCAUGUUCGAUCGUUGGAUAGAUUGCAGGAAGUACCACAUGAAGGACCAAUGUGUGAUUUACUGUGGUCAGAUCCAGACGAUCGUGCCGGUUGGGGCAUAUCGCCGAGAGGUGCUGGUUACACGUUUGGACAGGACAUUUCAGAGACGUUCAAUCACUCAAAUGGUUUAACCUUAAUCUCCAGAGCACAUCAACUUGUUAUGGAGGGUUAUAAUUGGAGUCAUGAACGUAAUGUGGUAACCGUUUUCUCGGCACCGAACUAUUGUUAUCGCUGUGCGAAUCAGGCAGCGAUGGUUGAAUUAGACGACGAAUUGAGAUAUUCUUUCCUGCAAUUCGAUCCUGCACCAAGACGUGCCGAGCCGAACGUUACCAGGCAGACGCCUGAUUAUUUCCUUUGA